GCCGGUUGGUGUUUUCUGUUCCUCGAAGGGCCAAUCAGAGGAACGGGAGAGCGGAAGCAGCGCCUGCCGGCCAAUCGCGGCCGCGCUGGGCGGGUAGCGGGUUGGGCUGCGGUCGCAAGGGGCGGGCUUGGCUGCGCCGAGUCUGUCAGGCUGAGGUGGGGUAAACACAGACGGGCGCUGGGACGGCGGCGGCGGCGGCGGCGUUGCGGGGAAGCGAGAGGACGAGCCGGCCAGCCCGGCAAAAUGGCGGCCGCCGCGCAGGUGUGCGAGAACAUCCAGAUGCUGCUGGAGGCGGCCGAGUUCCUGGAGCGCCGCGAGCGAGAAGCCGAGCACGGCUACGCUUCCAUGCUGCCCUACAGCGCGAAGGAAAGGGAGGCCCUGAAGAGGAGGAGCAGGCCCAAGAAAGGCGGCGGCGGCGGCGGCGGCAGCAGAUCAACACAUAAUGAAAUGGAGAAGAAUAGGCGUGCUCAUCUGCGAUUGUGCCUGGAGAAGCUUAAAGGGCUGGUGCCUCUUGGGCCAGAAUCCAGUAGACAUACUACACUGAGUUUACUAACAAAAGCUAAAUUGCACAUAAAGAAACUUGAAGAUUAUGACAGGAAAGCAAUACACCAAAUAGAUCAGUUGCAGCGAGAACAGCGGCAUCUGAAAAGGCAGCUGGAGAAACUGGGCAUUGAGCGCAUACGAAUGGACAGUAUAGGGUCGACAGUUUCUUCCGAACGGUCAGAUUCGGACAGAGAAAUUGAUGUGGACGUGGAGAGCACAGACUAUCUCACCGGGGACCUGGACUGGAGCAGCAGCAGCAGCAGCCCACCGAGCGAUUCCGACGAGAGGGGCAGCUUGCAGAGCGUCUGCAGCGAUGAGGGCUAUUCGAGCGCCGGCAUUAAGAGAAUAAAGCCGCAGAACCAUCUUAAGGCCUGCCUCAGCCUAUAAGGAGCCAGUAGCGCCCCCUCCCCUGCCCCAUCCACUGCUCUUUCCUUCUUGGAUUUCGCUAGGUAGUAUGUUGUUGGACCGCUCCACAAUUCUCUUGCACGUAAACUUCUUGUACCAUCAACAUUACCAAAUUCUGCUUUGCCUAAGUCUGAAAACAGUGCAUAGUGUUGUGGGUGACAAGUUCCUCCCUGGAGCUCCCUUCUGAUGGCAUCCGCUAGCUUCUCUUUCCUAUCCGUAAAUUCAUCUCUGUGAGACUGAACAUUCCAGCCAGAAUUCUUAGCCCCCGGAAUAUUAUUGCAGUAACAGCCUCACAUGUGUUUUGGGCCUGUGCUGCAAUUGCUUAAUAUUCUGGGUGAAGAUCUUCACCCCGAGGUAGUAGGGCCGAUGGUGAUAUAUGCUGUUUGGAAACCAAAGCCAGACUAGUCUUCAGGCGUGACCACUGUAAAAGGAACCCUACUUUUUUUGACAUUCAUUGUAUCGCAGCAGCAGGCAGAAGUUAAAAAUGAUACGACAGGCAUGAAAGAACAUGUGCUUGUUGGGGAAUUGUGCAGUGAAUCUUUCCAGUCGCUGUUAAAAAAUUAUUCUGAAAUGUCCCAAGUCAUUCUAGUAAUGAAGUAGCCAACCCUGAGGUUGGAAAUAGGCUUGAGAGAGGUAACUAAGAGACUAAACUAAGUUUGGCAGAAGAAGAGCCGGCUGAGUGGAAUUGUACCGGAGGCUCUAAAUGGGAGUUGGGGGAUGGUUUUCUCUCUGAGCUGCCUAUCCCGGUAGGAUCUCAAUAUUUUCACGUCAGAUGACCAAAUACGACACUUGUGCAAUCUUGAUUAUGUCGUCUUUGCAUUGACAGCUGCACGUUCCUUUUGUUGCUAGCAGCUCUUCGGGCUGCUGAGUCUUGCUUUUUGUCUCUGGGACAAUUCUUUCUACCUCAGAGAGAUGAACAAAGCUGAUCUCAACCCCUUUAGCACAAAUGAAUUAUGAUGCCUCGUUUGUAUACUUGGUACUAGUCCGACCUGUUUCCUUAAAAAUUCAGCAAUAACUGAGUGACAAAGUUAGCUGCGCUAGCUUUCAAUUAAUGACUGAGGAGACGGCCUCAGAGUAAUUCCAUGGUUGCCCUCUUGGCAUUCUAGCACUUCUUUUACCAGAUGAAAUUCUUUGGGAGACCUCCCAAUGUGCCGUGUGUGGUUUUGGUUUGGAUGUUGGAUGUUGGAUUUCUUCUCUGCCCCCUUUUGGCCCUGUCUCUGCACUCCUGACAGCAGCAGCGUUUUUCAUCUAAGCUAAGUAGAGCACAUGCAAAUGUACAUAAUGUGGUCUAUAAAUAGUAUUUAUUCAUUUUUAUAUCAACCUAAUGUACUAUUCUUAUGAUUUUGUGCUUUUAUAGAUGAUUAGGAAACUUUGUAUGUCAAGGUCUAAUGAACCUUCCUUUUCCCCUUCUUUUUGCUUUGAACUGCCCAGUUUAUUGGCUGCCAGUGACUUUUAACAAGGAUUCUUUGUAUGCAGCUAGUUCUUGCCCAGCACUUACAGACUGUCAAAGAGACAGUCAAGCAACUUCCUGCCACUUCACUCUCAAAGGGCUAUGUGGCAAGUUGCGCUUUACUAUGUAUACCAUGUUUGCUUGUAUCCACUAGCAGAUACCCAAGCAAAUACUGUGAAAAUGGAUUUAUUUUAAGAAAUAUUUUAAGAAAGUCAGUUUUUGACAUGGGAAAUGGGGCUAGUGGAUGGCUAAAAAUCUCCAUAUCAAUUUCUUGGAGCUGUCUCGAAACAAAACAAAACAGAAGGAACAAGAGCUGGAAUUCUCAGUGGUCCGGCUGACUUGCAUUGGCCUCUUCCUUGCUUAGAGAUUUUCCUGCAUCCGUCUAGCCCCCGGCUGGCAUCUAGGAGUCCCUGCUGGAAACCCUUCGGAGAGACUGAGCUCCCAGCCUGCAAUUUGCACCCCCUUGAUUUGGACACGUUGCUUGCCAGAAGCCCUUGAGUUUCUCUCUCUCUGUUAAUGAGUGGCAUGAAAUUGCCUCUCACAUUCAACUCCAUCUUGUCAUCUUAGAGUUCAAAGUAGCCUUUGGCUUGGAAGGUAUUUGGUAAGGUAAAAUUAGUAUGUUUUUCUUUAGAAGUAACAAAAUUUACUGUGGUUUUUUUUUUUUUUUUUAUUAUUAUUAUUGUGCCUUUCAUGAGUUACUGGGCACUGUUUACUUCAGACCUCUCCUGGCCAGGAGGACUCCCCCUCUGAAUAGAUGGAAGCUGCGGAUAUAUCCAUAGUGCAUUUGAGAAAAUAGAUUUUGGAGGGUGCAACCAUUCUCUUCUUUAGUAAAGUAGUUUUGUUUUGUUGUCCUUCUUGCGAGCCAGUAAUUGAGCUUUGCACUUUCUGGAUGUGGUCCUUUCAAAAUGUGGGUGGUACAGAAAAUAAUUAUAAUUCCAUAAAGGAUGCACUAGUUUCAGAAACUAGAUUAAAGCUAUCUGUGAUGUUUCAAAAACAUCUAAAUGAACAGAUGAGUUCUCCUAGAGGCUGUUAGGGCCCCUCCCGGUGUCUCGGUGAGGACUGGUCUUGGCUGCUCCAUGCAUCUGUGGCCCUUCGGUCCAUCCCUGAGACGGUUGCCCCAUUGCACGCAGGCUCCAGAACGCCUGAACCCUGCCCAAGCACUCGGAGGGUCGUGUAGCACUGUGCCAUGUUUUUCAAUAGCGGUGUAGCUGUGGGUGAACAGCCACACCUGUUGCCUUGUCGAGGGAGAGGAGCUGAAGUUUUCUAGGCUGCUAGGGUGCCCUGCAACAGUCGUGCAGGCAGCAGGGACGGUGGGCCCUCAAAAUGCGACAUUCUGGUGUGGCCAGACUUUCUGCCGCAUUCACUGAUCCACCAGCGUUAUUAUGUAAUAAGCUGCAGAAAAUUAAUUUUGUAGAUCAUUAAUGGGGAGCUGCGUUUCCGUAUCUGUGUUUACAGCUGGAAGUUUGUGUGGAUGUGCGUGUGCAUGGGUGCAUUUAAAAGAUCACACUAAACGCUGCGGCACUGAGCAACUUUUUUGCAGACAGUAAAUCCAGGGGAUACUUGGUUGGAAAUGGAAGUUGAGAAUUUGUGCUCUUAUUCAUCAAAAAUAAACAUGGCUGUCAGGGUGACAAUCUGAAAUAUCCCAAAAGUAUUGUCUUUACCUGGUGAAUCUUUUCCUGAGUGUUGAACACCCAGAAAUUUUAUUACUGUGUAUUUUUCUAAUAAAGCAGAGCUUUCAAGGUGCUGAUAGAGACAUCUUGUGAACUUUUUUUCCAGGGUUUGUGUGAAUACCUGUUUUUGAUUCAAAUUCAAAGCACUUAUUUGAAAUGUGUAAUUAGGUGCCACAAACAAGGUUGCAGAGCUCUGGGCAUUAGCAGGGUGUGCACUGCCAACUGCCAUUUUAGCACUUUGUUCCCGCAAUGGGCCCUUCUCUCUUUCCAGGUUCCCAGAAUCUCUCUUGCUUCUCUUUAGAAUGCCAUUUCUGCCAUGAAGUUUACAAACACAGCCCAGAGGAGAGAGCCCUGUUGUGUUCUCUGGGAGGGAUGAGGGGGUGGGGUGGGGGGUAUUUUUUAAGUGCUCACUGCCUAAUUAAAUUUUGGCAUCUGAUGUACAGCAAUAUAAUGGGACUCAUAGAGCCCUUUUGCCUCCUUGGUCACAAAUUCAGGUUUUGACACUUAACUGUAUUGGGACGAAUACUGCUUUUACAUACCUAGUUAUGCAUUUGCUCCCCAAUUACAAAUAGUAAGUUGCAUCCUUGGGGGUUUUUUCCCCUUCCUGUUAACACACGUGGCUUUUUUCCUUUUAUGAUUACCUGAACUUCAUUGUACAACUAUGAAUCAAUGAUGCUUUUGUUUGAAAGAAUAGCUAUCCCAAAUUAUUGAGCAGAAGAAAUUUCUUUUUAUGCUACAAAAUGUAUGUAUCAAGAUUAUUUUAGCAAACCUCUUUAUUAUUUUAACUGUAUUGUCCGGUUGAAGGACACUUAAAAGUCUCUUUCUCCCUGGCUGCCAUCUGCUCUUCCCUCCUGACAUGCCCCAAAUUUGACUUGCUUGGGGCAUCUCUGGCUUUAGUAUCGUGCUGUUGUUUUCUAUUCGCCUGUGAACACGCAUCAUCAAGUAGGUGCUCUGAACAACACUUGCAAUUCUGAACUUUUGAAUUUGGUUUUGGAGUCUUCCAAAUUAUAACACAGCCUAAGCAGGGAACAGCGAGGGGGGGGAAGGGGGCGAGGAUUCAGUUUUCAAAUGUAAAUACCACAUCAUUACAAAUCCUGUGUCAAGACCAUAUAAUGGUGCUUUUUAUUACAGUUAGCACAUGCAUUUUUAGAAAUUACAUGUUUUAGACAACCUUGCUGUGUAUAUGUAUACUUCUGUAUUGUUCAACUGUUAGAAAAUAAAUUAUUUCAUUAUUAAAA